AUGAUCAAGGCCGAGCUCAAAUCGAGGUUAGAUGAGGCAAGACAGAAAAUCCCAAAGAUCAAGGUCGACUGGGAGCCCGCCACCGACCCGCGAGCCAAAUACAACGCCUCCAAGCUGGCGUUGAUCAUUGAACCGCGCCCUAUCCCGCAUCUUGUGCCUCAACUUCUCCACAUGACUUCCGUUGUGCCUCCGGACUGGAGGUUUCUAUUUAUUGGCUCCAAAAAAAGCGUGGUCAGCGUCGGUCGAAGUUACGGCAUCAAGCACCAGCAAGUCAUCGGAAAACUUGAUCUGAUGGUUCUUCCCGACCCCUGGAAGAUCAACACCAAAGAGCAUGUCUUUCGUCUGUUGACCGACGUGCGAUUCUAUAACGAAUUCCUCCCUGAGGUGGAAUGGAUUCUAAAGUUCGAGUCGGAUAGCAUUCUCUGUUCCAACUCGCCCAGAAGCCUCAACGAGUGGCUAGGGUGGAGCUGGGCCGGCGCUCCCAGAACCCCUGACGACCGCUUCUCGGGCAACGGUGGCCUUUCUCUCCGACGAGUAUCCUCCAUCAAGAGGGUACUGGAAUUCCAGGAACGAUACAACGACACGGAACCCGAAGACGAAUGGUUCGGCAAGCGGCUUUGGAUUAUGAAAGGUGAGAAAGUCGCCCACGGAAACAAAGGCGUCUUGGCCGUGGAAGACGUGUACUUGGAAAAGCCCAUGGGCUACCAUGUCAGGGACGGUGGCAAUAGCCUCUCGGAUGCGGUCUGGAAGAAUCCGCAACAGCGAAAGAAGAUUUUCAACUACUGCCCAGAGCUCAGCAUAAUCAUGGACAUGAAACUGGAGCGCGAACGUUGCGAUGAUGACAACGGAGAGGGCGGCCUCGGCCCAACGGAUGCCGAAAAGAAAAAGGCUGAGGAAGAGGCCAAGAAGGCAGCCGAAGAGGAAGCGAAGAAGGCGGUCGAAGAAGCCAAGAAGGCAGCCGAAGAGGAAGCGAAGAAGGCGGAAGAAAAGAAGAAGCAGAAAGAAGCGGAGGAGAAGGCGGCCGAAGAAGGGGUAAAAAGCAAGAUGGAGAGUUCCCCGACGCAAUCCGACUCGGGUGGCACUUCAUCAAUUACGAGCGAAGAAAUUGCUGAGCUCCUUCGCCAAAAGGAUGCGUCGAAGGGUGGUGAAAGCACGGGUCUCUAUGCUGACGAUGCUUUGGGCAAGGCAAUAGCUUCGGGUUCACAAUCGGGUGGCAAGGAACAGGCUUGA